GUGUCAGCUGAAUGUGAGUAUGCGGCGAAGUGCGUCUCUUGCCGGGGGAGAGGCAUUUGAUGAUCCCCUACUCCAUACACAAACUUGUACAAUUCGAAAAUGCAUUGGGGUAACGUACCAUUAUCAAGCUGAUGUCAGAUGAACAGAACUGAAGUUCUAUAUAAACACACUCACUCACAGAUGAGGUACAAGUCCGUACUGCAACAGAAUAUCUUCCAUUAACCCAAGUUCCCAAGUUGGAAGUUCCAAGGACGUCGACCCGUCGAGUUUCACAAUGCCAGUAACCAUCAAAGUCGCGCAGCACGAUGCAAACGCAUUUGAGCCAAACUGGCGUGAGAAGCACCAGAGUUAUCCCAACUUGCAUUCAGCCUCGAUCGCAAAUGCAGACGGGGUGUUCUUGCUAGAUUUACUCAAGCAAUUGGCCCCGAAACCCCCGAAGAGCCCGAGAAAUUUAAAUUUCAACGGUACUUUGAUACAAUCGACACUUACCGAAGAGAUUGCGAGCAAGAUCCUCCCAGCUGGAAACGGUUUAGUACAUACCUGUCUCGAGGCGUAUAAUCAGCAUCGUCAUCUUGUCCUUCGUCCUGAUGACAUUUGGAUUGCUAUUGUGACUCAAUUCUCGUUUUAUGUGAAUAAACAUUCUGAGGAACUGCGUUCCUUCUUUGUGGCGCACGAAGGAAAAAAGGAUCUAGUCGUUGAAGGUGAUCAUCUUGACUUCACUGUUUUCACUACUAAUAUGGCCAACAUGAUCCAGGACAAUGUCGUGGAUAAAGACCUCAAGUCAUGGAUUUUACCAGCAUUUUCGACCACGACGCGAAUCGAUACCAUUGUAUGUAGCUCAGUAAUGAUGAGUACCAUGAAAAAGUACUUCGAUUACACGUUUUUUGUUUCGUGUGGUAUACCUACAGUCACGCUACUCGGAGAGGUAUCAGACUGGGAAGAAAUCCUUCGCCGAUUGGACAAGCUUGAAUCAUUUGGGCCAGCUCACCAAGAAUUGAUACACUGGAAAGAGAUGCUUACUCCAGUAAUCCAAAAUAUGAUUCUAACCUUCAAAACUCCUGGAGCCACAACCCAAGUUGAUUUCUGGUCAAGAAUUGUUAAUAUAUAUAAUCUAAGUGGCGGAUCGUCUUUAACUGGGUGGCUUACUGUUUUCUGUGUCUUCAAUGAAAAUGGAGACUGGAAAGGAGGAAACAGGAGAUCAGAGCAGGGCACCGGUUCAAUGAGCCAGCCUCCCAAAUAUCCAUUCAUCGAAAUUGCAGAUAUACCUACCGGAAAGUGCGAGGUUAACGUUCGGAUCAGGGGAAGGAUAGAACUCGAUGCUGUAAUUGUGGCCGGUUUGAUAGGCGCUUCAGUCUCUUCUCAGAAUGGGGAUGGUGGAAUUCUUGACACAGUGCAGCCGUACCCUGCGUGGAGCAUCUUCGAGCUGAACAAAGAUGAGUGAGUCGAUGCUAGAAUCAUUCAGGAAUCUCUCAGGACGACAAGGGCUUACUACUUUGGUAUUGUUUGCCAAAUGGGUUGGAUUGUUGUUAAGUAGAGCUAUUGAAUGGUUACCAAUGCCGCAAUAUUAGAACUUGCGGCAUCGAAGUGAUUUUGGAGUAAACACCUGUUGUAUCACAAUACUUAGCAGCGAGAACAUCAAAUCUUGAGCCCGCCAAGAAUAGAAAAGGGGCUUCAAGAACCUGCUUUUCAGAAUUAAACCAAGGUUCCAUCUCAUGAUUUGAUUUUACCCAAUUUGAGACAUUUCGUAUUUCAUAGAGCUCAAAUCAAUAUCAUCACAAAGAACGAGAAGAAAUA